GGAGGGAGAGAUUGUGAAAAGACCGGCAGGAGGAGUGCGACUUGCUAUAAGGACACUAGCGACUCUUAAAUCCAGCCGCUCCUCUAUUUUUUACGCAGGAGAUUUGAAGAAACAAACAACAAAACAGGAGGAGCUGCGAUUGAAGUAGCCUAACAUCGCCGGUAUUUUGACAUCUUUUUUAAAUUAUUCUCAGCUGCAGAGACACUUGGGGACCGAGGGACCUACCAUGAUAAGGUCUGUGGAUAUUGUGCUUACUGUGCUGCUCGCCGCGUCCCUGUCGUGCCGGAGCGCCCUCGGCGGCUACGGGAUGAGUCUGUUCGCGGCGCAGACUUCUCCCCCGGACCCCUGCUACGACGAGCACGGGAACCCAAGGCGCUGCAUCCCGGACUUCGUCAACUCCGCCUUCGGCAAGGAAGUAAAGGUGUCCAGCACCUGUGGCAAGACGCCCAGCCGCUACUGCGUGGUGACAUCGGCGGAGAAAGGAGAUGAGAGGACCAGGAACUGUCACACCUGCGAUGCCUCGGACCCCAAGAAGUACCACCCACCCGCGUACCUGACGGACCUGAACAACCCGCACAACCUCACCCGCUGGCAGUCCGAGAACUUCAUCCAGUACCCGCAGAAUGUCACCCUGACUCUGUCCCUCGGCAAGAAGUUUGAGGUCACUUAUGUGAGCCUGCAGUUUUCCUCGCCUCGACCUGAAUCCAUGGUUAUUUACAAGUCCAUGGACUACGGUAAAACGUGGGUACCCUUUCAAUUUUACUCGACCCAGUGCAGGAAGAUGUACAAUAAGCCAAACAGGGCCGUUAUCACGAAGCAGAACGAGCAGGAGGCCGUGUGCACGGACUCCCACACCGACAUGUACCCUCUGACCGGCGGGCUCAUCGCCUUCAGCACGCUGGACGGCAGACCGUCGGCGCACGACUUUGACAACUCCCCGGUGCUGCAGGACUGGGUAACAGCCACUGACAUUAAAGUCAUCUUCAGCCGGUUGCACACUUUCGGCGACGAAAAUGAGGACGACUCGGAGCUGGCCCGGGACUCGUACUUCUACGCCGUGUCGGACCUGCAGGUCGGAGGGAGAUGCAAAUGCAACGGGCACGCAUCUCGGUGCGUAAAAGACCGGGAUGGGAGUCUGGUGUGUGAGUGCAAGCACAACACCGCGGGGCCCGAGUGCGACAGGUGCAAACCUUUCCACUACGACAGACCCUGGCAGAGAGCCACAGCCAGGGAGGCCAACGAGUGCGUCGCCUGUAACUGCAACCUUCACGCCCGAAGGUGUCGUUUCAACAUGGAGCUGUACAAGCUGUCGGGGAGGAAGAGCGGAGGAGUCUGCCUCAACUGUCGCCACAACACGGCUGGACGCCACUGCCACUACUGCAAGGAGGGCUACUACAGAGACCUGUCCAAACCUAUCUCCCACAGGAAAGCCUGCAAAGCAUGUGAUUGCCAUCCCGUGGGUGCUGCUGGCAAAACCUGUAACCAAACCACAGGACAAUGUCCCUGUAAAGACGGCGUGACUGGUAUCACGUGCAACCGCUGUGCUAAAGGCUACCAGCAGAGCCGCUCGCCCAUUGCCCCCUGCAUAAAGAUUCCAAUUGCACCUCCUACAACCCCAUCCAGCAGUACAGAGGAACCAUCAGACUGUGACUCUUAUUGCAAAGCAUCUAAAGGCAAACUGAAGAUCAACAUGAAGAAGUACUGCAAGAAAGAUUACGCUGUCCAGGUGCACAUCCUGAAGGCAGACAAAGCCGGCGAGUGGUGGAAGUUCACCGUCAACAUCAUCUCUGUCUACAAGCAGGGCGAGAGCCGCAUCCGCCGUGGGGACCAGUUCCUCUGGGUCCGCACCAAAGACGUGGCCUGCAAGUGUCCCAAGAUCAAGCCUGGGAAAAAGUACCUUCUGCUGGGGAAUGACGAGGACUCCCCCGGCCAGAGCGGAGUGGUAGCAGACAAAGGCAGCCUGGUUAUCCAGUGGAGGGACACGUGGGCACGCAGGCUCAGAAAGUUCCAGCAGCGCGAGAAGAAAGGCAAGUGCAAGAAGCCAUAGGCGGAAAAAGAUGGAGAGGAUGCCGGAGAGGGGGAGGAAUUCAAGAGAAAAGCUGAGCGGGUGAUUUUAAGAAACAAAAAAAAAAAAAAAAAAGGUGAAAGAGAGGCAGACAGAGGACCACGGACAGACAAGAGACUGUUUAUGUCGCUGCUUUUUUUGUGUAGAAGCAUGAAGAGAAUUAUUUAGGAUGAUUUGUUUUUGUAGUGAACUUUUGUUGAAGCUCACCUUGCAGAUUUGGUUUUAUGUUUGAUUUUACUUUGAGAUUUGUCUCUCUUGUGGAUUUGCCGAAUUUGCACCUAUUACCAGCAUAUCAAGUUAUUUGUGUUUGUUUUCUUUAUCUUAGUAUGAAAUCAUUAUAUUUUAUGGUUAAAUUGUAUGGAUAUUUUCUGCUGGUGCAAAAAUGACAGAAAAAGCCACUUAAUUACCACUGCAAGUUUGCCUCUGCAUGGUUUUCUUGUUGUAUUCGUAGGUAAGAAGCAAGCUUGUUUCAUCAAAAGUCUUCACUGAUCUGAUUUAGGCAAUAAUAUUUCCUCCGUUAAGAAUUGUGCCAUAAAUAAUAUUGUUUGCAAGCCACAAAAAUGCAUAAUACAUUUAGCUGUUAAUGAGUUGCCAUUUCUUUCCCCUGUUGUACAAAUUCAGGUAUUUCUGCAACUCAAGAAACAAGAAAUAAGAAAUCUGUAGUGCUACUUUUUUACAGUAUUGAUAAAGGAAUUGUUGACCUGAUAAAUCUUGAUUGUUACUCCCCUAUUUGCCUCCUUAAAUUCCAUUAGUUACAUUUUGGUGGUUCAAAAAUUUGUACAAGCCUGCAUGUAAACGCAUCUUAUUUGAGACUGUAAUGUUCAAUUCACUAACUCAUGCUGCUCAUGGUAGGCCUACUAAUAAAAUUACACCUUUUUGCACGGCGUGCAUUUAAAAUUACUGAUUUCACUUUUAGUACUUACAAAUAAUUGAGAUUUUAUUUAUUUCACAACUCCACCAGGAGUUUAACAAAGGACCAGCGGCCAGACACAUUGUUAUAAAAACAUUAUUAAAAUAUUCACAAAAUCAGGAAUUGUUCUUUGGUGGUAAUUAUUUUUUACAAUCUGAUGGCAGUAAAGCUAAUAAAAAAAACAAUAAUGAAUAUGGGUUCUGGAGUGGCUACAAAAUAAAACGUCAAAUGUUUUAGUUUGUUUUAAUUUAUUACCAUCAACAUUUUAGUGACAAUAUUUACUUUUACCACAAAAUGAUUAGAGCUGUGAAAGUUACCCAAUAUACGGUUCCAUUCAUUUUACAAAGUGGAUGCAGCAUCAUUGCUGUGCAGCUGCAAGUACUGCAUGUUCUUAAGAGGAUACUGACAAAGACCUGCAUAUAGUAUGUAACCAGUGCAACAAUGCAGAUGUUUGCAUGAUUUUAAAUGUAUUCCUUUGCAUCAGCUGAUGAAAAAUACUUUCGACAAUGUGCCAGAAUUUAUCUUUCAAAUACUGUAUGUAUGAAUAAGACAAAGGAAGAUACUGCAAUGUGGAUAGCUACCGACCACUAAAUCUGAAAAAGAAUCUGAAAAGAAAACAAUGUCCUUACCUCAUGUAGCGCAGAAAGGAAUCCUAGCGCAGAAAAAAAUACAACUUCUGCGCAAACUGCACCUUGAAAAAAGUGCUCAACCAUUACUUAAAAGUAUUUUUGAAAUCCACCUCACACUGGCUUGUUUUCAUCUAGAAUAAUUCCUACAGUACUAUGAGAUUUGAGAUAAAUACCUUUACAGUCCACACACACACACACACUCUUUUGCAAACACAAUGCAUGACUGUACAUUCACUGUGCAACCAGUCAGAAGCCACAGUGUCCCAUUGAACUGUCACAUUAAUUCUCUUCACUUCAACACUUGCACAGGGAGAAAAGGGGUGAAUUGCAAUCACUUGACGCUGCUUGAUUCAAACCACAUUGCUCAUUUAUUUGUAUGCAGUUCGGUUUGGAUUUCUCUAAGGAAUACGUGGUAAAAACACAGCUCUGGUUUGUAAAAGCCUGCAGUGUGUCUGAUGUAUCAUAAACUGGAGUUCCUUUUUAGUCCAUCCCAAAACACUGUGAGCAACAUGUUUGAAGUUGCCGGUAUUUGUUGUUUCACAAAAAUCACAUUUAGCACCUUUUAAUCUGCCCCACAGCACGACUCUUUUCAAGACACGUGGUUUUAAUUUAAUGAACUCUCUACGUCCUCUGUUUAAAAAUGGUCAUUUCUGAUUCCACUCUCUCUCAGAAAAUUACUCAUUUGUUUAGGAAUUUUCUGAUUGGACUGAAAUGGCUUCUAGAUGAUGACCAAUAAGACAGGCUUUUUUAAACCACGAGAAAUCUAAAUCCCCUGGGUUUGACUGUAAGAUAAAAGGAACAGAUGACGUUGUUUGCUGAAGUACUUCUCGGUAUUUACAUUUGAGUUGUUUUUCUUUUCUUUUUUAAUGUACAAUCAAUCCAAUGAUCGUGAUGUCAGUCCAUCAUGAUGCUCUACUGAUGACGACAUACUCACACACAGUAUAAUUACACGUCCCUGCUAUCAUUGUUAAUCCUACAACAUAUCAUUACGUGUCAAUGGUCUUUUUCUUCUGUUUGGCACAAUGUAAUCUGUAAUCACACCUCUCUAGUCUCAGUAGUCCCAUGCUGUAAAUUUUACAUCCGUCUCCUGAGCGAUGGUUUGACAAGCUUCCUGAUGAAAUGCCACACACACACACACACACACACACACACACGUCAAAGCAUUGCUUUGUGUUCAUACUAUGAAUUGUAAAUGUUGUUUAGUUGUCACCAUUGCCAAGACUUUUUUUGCAAUGUUGUUUUACAAUGCGUACUAAUAUAUUAUGGUUAUUAUAUAUGAAUAUAUUUAAUGACACAAGACAUUGUGGAUUUUAUUGUCUUUUUCAACUUUUUUUUUUUAACUUGUUUGUGGUUGUUUAGAUCAUUGCCAUUAAAGAAAGACAUAAUAACUACUGAACACACCAACCUGGUAGAACUAAAUUCAGAUUUUCAGUUGAAAUAAACUUGUUACAUUGAAAACCA